AUGAACAACAACAACAACAAUACCAGUAAUACCAGUAAUACUCAACUCUACCAGCUCACAUUCUACGUCCCUCAAACCCACACCAAGCAAUGCAUAGAUGCCCUCUUCUCCGUGGGAGCAGGGACCUGGCCGAAUCCAAACCCCGAUGUCAGCGAUGACGCCGACGACAAGUCCGGGUCUACUUCCGAAGCAGUGAGUCUGACUGUCGUUGAUCAAUCGCAACCAAAAUACAUAAACACCUGCUUCGUCUCUUCUGGGACCGGCCAAUUCCAACCCACCGCCGCAGCGAAUCCGCAUAUCGGCACGGCAGGCGGACAGGUCGAAUAUGUCCAGGAAGACCGGGUCGAGAUGGUGAUCAGUGGAGGGAAGGGGAAGGUGGAGAGGACAGUGAGGGCGUUGAAGAGCGCGCAUCCGUAUGAGGUUGUUGCGUUCUUUGUGGCGAAGAGUGAAUUCUAUUGA